AUGGAUCUGCACUAUCCCAUGGUCAUGGGCCUCAACAAGGGCCUCAAGGUGAACAAGAAUGUGAGCAAGCCGAGUCACAGCCACUGCCGCUGCCACCACUGCGGCAGGUACCUGCGCACAGUGUACCUGGGGCUGCAGCGCUGGGGCGGGGAGCGGCUCCGGCGCCACUUCUACUGGCGGAUCCUGUUCGAGAGCGCGGACGUGAGCAUGCUGCGCCUGCUGGAGACCUUCCUGCGCAGCGCGGCAACCUCGUGGUGCAGUUUAGCCUUCCUCGGGGACCGGGGGGGGCCGCCCCGGACCUGCCCAGCCCUCUCCACCUCUGCCUCACUCGUGUCCCUGGCCUGGACUCUGGCCUCCUACCAGAAGGUGCUGCGGGACUCCCGAGAUGACAAGCGGCCACUGUCCUACAAAGGUGCCGUGGCCCAGGUGCUCUGGCACCUGUUCACCAUCGCGGCCCGCAGCCUGGCCUUUGCGCUCUUUGCCAGCGUCUACAAGCUCUACUUCGGCAUCUUCAUCGUGGCCCACUGGUGCAUCAUGACCUUCUGGGUCAUCCAAGGCGAGACGGACUUCUGCAUGUCCAAGUGGGAAGAGAUCAUCUACAACAUGGUGGUGGGCAUCAUCUACAUCUUCUGCUGGUUCAACGUCAAGGAGGGCCGCAGUCGCCGCCGCAUGACCCUCUACUACUGCAUCAUCCUGUUGGAGAACGCAGCGCUCACUGGCUUCUGGUACUCAAGCCGCAACUUCUCCACUGACUUCCACUCGCUCAUCCUGGUCUGCGUGGUGGCCUCCAGCUUUGCGCUGGGCAUAUUCUUCAUGUGUGUCUACUACUGCCUCCUGCACCCCAAUGGGCCCAUGCUGGGGCCCCAGGCACCUGGCUGCAUCUGCCCGGAGGCCCCAGAGCCCUGUGGCCCGCCAGCCGAUGCUGUCACAAGUCCCCCGAGGUCCCUGCCGAGGACUACAGGCGCUGAGCGAGAUGGGGUCUCAGUGGGGGGUGAGCGUGCAGGGACCCCCACACCACCUGUCUUCCAGGUGCGGCCUGGCUUGCCUCCCACACCAGUGGCCCGCACCUCGCGGACAGAGGGGCCUGUCAUUCGGAUUGACCUGCCUCGUAAGAAGUACCCCGCAUGGGAUGCUCAUUUUAUUGACCGCCGGCUCCGGAAGACCAUUCUGGCGCUGGAGUACUCCUCACCCGUCACGCCCCGGUUGCAGUACCGGAGCACGAGGACCUCCCAGGAGCUGCUGGAGUAUGAGACCACAGUGUAG